AUGAGCCAGAUAUUUCCUAAGAACGAGGGUACACGGACGUUUACUCCGUACACCGUAUAUGGCCGUAGAGUUCGGACGUUCGGAUGCAUCUGUCGUGAUGCCGAUGGUCGCCUCAAUGCAGCCUCCAGAUUCGGCCUCGCCACAACUAUUAGGAUCCGCGAGGGCUUGCAUCAUGAGGACCGUGCUAUGGACAAGGUCGAUGACCCAGAAACCUUUGCUCUGAGUAACCAAGAUGGCCGGCCAUCCUUGCAUCAGGAGAGGGCCGGUCUCCUUGCAGAGACAAAGCUGUACCUGAAGAACCUGCGCGCGAUGGGAGAUGAGACGCCAUCGUCUCCAGACGCAUCGGCAGCAUCCCGCACAAACAACUUCGCCUCAUGUGCACUGGCCAUCACGAUCCCAAUCCGAGAGCUGCAGUCUUUAUGCUUCACCCCCGCGUCGGUAAUCUCACGAAUCAAUAAAAUCCCCCGCAUCAACCGCCAUCGCAACUCCUCCAUCGCCCCGACGACGAGCCCGGCAUCACGAACGGUCACGGCAACCACCUCACUACUAUAA